GUGCAGUGUUGCCGUCACAGUGAACAGUAUGAGCGCGGAUGUUGUUUGUAAAUGUUAUUUCGUGUUCGCUAACAGAACUAGCCUCUACCGCAAAAAAAAAAAUCUACUGGUGCUACGGACAGCACUAGGAGAGACGCACACAUGACAAGGCUCCAUGGCGCGCAAUUAAGGUCUAUGUAUAGUACGACUACGCAAGUAGUUAAAAAAAGUGGACUGUCACUAAGAUGAAAAGAAGGACAUACUAUGGCGUAGCAACUCGAAUACAACUUGUUCUUAGACUCUGAAGCAAAAUGACAUGGGAGCUCCGUUUCUUUUCUCGCUUGCCUUUCGUAUUGAAUCGCACUGCGGUUUUCACGGACGAAGUGCAGCGUCAGGAUGUUUAUCUCAAAGUAGUUCCAAUGAUACUGGAGACGAGGCAGAUGACAGAUGGUGAGGACGGUGUUGAAGAGACUCCUAUAGUUUCAUCAUUGACCACUUCUGGCGCAGCUCUCGCUCUCGAAGAAAGUGAGCCGAAUCCGUUCACCACCUCUUCAACGUCGUGGUUUCCGCAUGGUGUGAAAAUGCGAGGUGGGACUUCAGACGCGAUCGAAUUAAAACAGCUGUUAGAGGUGAAGAAACGCGGAGCGCGAAAGUACAAGAAACAUCGUGUGCCAACGUCAAUGUCUCCGACAGCGACGACUGCACUUAAUUCUUCAUCAGUUAAUUCGCUAAAUUCACAAUUAUCGGAGCACGCAGCGGUUGGGCGACUGUUUGAAAAUUAUACGGUGUUAGAAAGCAGCUUUGUGACGCUGAAAAAGACCAUCCAGAAGCAGUAUUUCGAGCUGCCUACAAGUGCAAAAAAAUCUUCGUCAAACGCAAACCCGAAGAUUCUGAUCGAAAACACUGUUCUCUUCCACGUCGAGUCAGAAACCUAUUGGUACUCUGUGUCUUUGGAGGGGGACAAAGCAGUACUGUUGUACGAUGCAGCCGAAAUGCUGUUGGAGAAGGAGGUUCUCGAGAAGGCAGUUGCUUCAGCAUUGGGACAGCCUCCUGAGAGGGUUCAGAGGGAGACAGAGGAUGAAUCUCUAGAGAAGUGUCCUACGAAGAUAGACGGAGAAGUCUCUGCAGCAUCGUCUUGUCUUGAUGAGACACCGAUCUCAUCCAGUGAAAUAUCUUCAACAAGAAACAAAGACGUUUACGUGCUUGUUGUAGGUGGCUAUCCCGAAUUGAUUGCGCACAUUAUGAUGAAUGAAGCUACUAUUCCUGAUGCAAAGUCAGUUGCUGGCAAACAAGAUUCUAAAUCACACGGGCAUCAACAUCAGC